CGCUACCGAGGGGCCUUAUUUUCUCUUGCCGGGCCACCAUACAUCCACACCAUAUCAACAAUCAUCAUGAGCGCACCCGCAGACACCAACCCUACCACUACGGCGCCCGCUGACGAUGCCGCUGCCAAGGCAGCUGCUGCUUUCGAUGUCGUCCUGACCAAGUACAAGACGGCAGGAGAGAUCACCUCAAAGGCUAUCAAGGCUGUGAUUCAGGCGGCAAAGGAAGGGGCUACCGUAGGAGAGCUCUGCAAGGUCGGAGACGAUGCCGUUAAGGAGGGCACUGGAUCGGUGUACAAGAGUGACAAGAAGAUGGCAAAGGGCUCUGCUUUCCCGACCACCAUCUCCAUCAACCACAUCAUCUGCAACAACGCCCCUCUCUCGACUUCUGAGUCGUACUCUCAGGCCCUCAAGGCUGACGAUGUUGUCAAAAUUCAGCUCGGCUCCCACAUCGAUGGCUACCCCGCCAUUGCAGCUGAGACCAUCGUCGUCGGUGCCUCGUCUGCCAAGCCCGUCUCGGGCGUGACCGCAGAUGCUAUCAAGGCAGCCUAUGUUGGAGCUGAGGCUGCUAUCAGGCUGCUUAAGCCUGGUACCAUCACUACUGAAGUCGCCAAGGAGGUGGAGAAGGCAAUCAAGGAGUUUGAUGUCAAGGUAGUGGAGGGCAUGCAGACCAACCAGGUCGACAAGGAUGUCAUUGAUGGCAAGAAGAAGAUCGUUCUCAACCCUGACCCACAACAACGCCCCGAUGCCUCGAAGCUUGAAGAGGGCGAUGUUUUCGCAGUUGAUGUCUCGGUCACAACCGGCAAGGAUGGCAAGACCAAGACCGAUGACUCUGCCACAACCAUUUACAAGAAGACCGGCUCGACCUACCUGCUGAAGAUGGCCACUUCGCGUAAGGUGUUCUCCGAGAUCCAGAAGAGGGCCGGUGCCUUCCCCUUCCAAUUGGGACUUUUGGAGGACUCUGAAAGGGGGCGAACGAUGGGUGUGCGGGAAUGUGUGAACCACAACUUGAUCACCAGCUUCGAGGUCUCGUACGAUGGUACCCCAGGAGCCGUCACCACUCAAUUCUUCUUCACGGCCAUUGUCAGCGCAAAAGGAGCCAUCAGAGUCACACCAGCACCUUCUUGGUACUCGGCUGAGGUUGUCAAGAGUGAGAAGGAGGUCAAGGAUGAGGCUCUCAAGAAGAUGCUGGAGCAACCCGUCCGCCAGGCCGGUAAGAAGGCAGCAAAGAAGGCAGCUGCAGCCUCUGCUGCUCCUUCGGCUUGAGAUUGUGAAGAGGUAGCGAGAAGAACGUAAGGGACUG